AUGUGCCUCACGGGUCCCCUGGGUGCUGUGGGACGCGCUGGCUUCUCGGCUGCAGGAUCGGAGCUGCACACGUAGCUGGACUUGCUGGCGAGCACGGCAGUGCUCGGCAUGGGGCUCCGGCUGCCGCUGCGCCGGAGCGCCAGCUUCACCCCCGACCACCCUGCCCUCAUGGAGGUGCCUGGCCCCACCACCCUGAAGAUGGAAGCGAAUGUCCUGGUUAUGGGAGCAGACAACGUGGGGAAAUCAGCUCUGACUGUGCGUUUCCUGACCCGGCGCUUUAUUGGGGAGUAUGGAGACAUGGAAUUCAUCUACAGCCACAACCUGACUGUGGAUGGCCGAGAGAUUCUCUUCCAUAUCUGGGACGUCCCCAGUUCUCAGGAGCAUGCGGAGGAGGGCUCCUCUGAGGAGAAGAGAAUCCAGUGGGCAGACAGCUUUGUCCUGGUCUACAGCAUCUGUGACCGUGCCAGCUUCAACAUCCUGCCCCUCAAAAUCCAGUUCAUCAAGGCAGCCAAGGAGGGGCAGAACCAGGAGAAGGUGCCCAUUGUCAUUGUGGGCAACAAACGGGACCUGCACCACCAACGGGUGGUGUCCAGCGAGGAGGGGAGGCUCCUGGCUCUCUCUUUAGACUGUGGUUUCUAUGAGGUCUCUGCAGCUGAGGCCUAUCACGGGGCCCUCAUGGUCUUCCAUGGACUGGCCGAGCGCAUCCCUGACACCAAACUGGCACUGAAAAAGGGUACAGGGAUCCGUGGCAUCGUCAAAACCAUGUCAGCUGUGUUUGCCCGUAAGCGAACGGACUCCCUAUGA